AUGGCCGUAAACUGGGGUGGCGUCGCUGGUAUCCUCGUCUUCUAUCUCUUGAUCCUUUUCGUUGGGUUAUGGGCCUCCCGCAAGAGCAGAGGCUCCAAGGACCAGGAGCAGACGAUGUUAGCUGGCAGGAACAUCGGUUUAUUCGUUGGUAUCUUCACCAUGACUGCCACUUGGGUGGGAGGAGGUUACAUCAAUGGAACAGCCGAGAACAUUUUCAAAGCGAACAAGAAUUCUGGGCUGGUGUGGACCCAGGCUAUUUGGGGUUAUGCGACGAGCCUCGUUCUCGGUGGCCUGUUCUUUGCCAAAACCAUGCGUUCGAAGGGCUACGUCACCAUGCUGGAUCCUUUUCAGCUCAAGUACGGCUCCCGCAUGGGCGGGCUGCUCUUCAUUCCUGCUCUGACGGGAGAAAUCUUCUGGACCGCUGCCAUAUUGAACGCUCUUGGGUCCACCGUCAGUGUGGUGCUUGAUCUGGACAUGACACUGUCUGUCAUCGUGUCUGCGUGCAUCGCUGUCUUUUACACAUUACUGGGCGGCUUGUACUCGGUGGCAUACACUGAUGUUAUCCAGCUCAUUUGCAUAUUUCUUGGUUUGUGGUUUUGCGUUCCCUUUGCGAUGACCAACGAGGCGGUGGAGCCGAUCGGGUCAACCGCCUCGGAAUGGCUGGGCACCAUCGAACCAGAUCAAGCUGGACUGUGGAUCGAGUCCGCCCUGAUGCUUAUGUUCGGCGGCAUACCGUGGCAGGCGUACUUCCAACGUGUGCUCUCAAGCAAGACCCCGGGAAAAGCUCAAAUCAUAUCCUUCGUCGCCUCCCUUGGCUGCGUUGUGAUGGUCAUUCCCUCGGUUCUUAUUGGUGCAGUGGGGGCGAGCACAAACUGGAACGAUACGGCCAUUGAUCUUGAAAAGACCGACCCCUAUGGUCAAUCUAGCAUUAUUCUCCCCUUGGUGGUCCAGUAUCUCACCCCUCCUGCCGUCUCCUUCGUCGGUCUGGGGGCUGUGUCAGCUGCCGUCAUGUCAUCAACCGACUCCUCGAUUCUCUCCGCCAGUUCCAUGUUUACCCACAACAUCUACAAGAAGCUGUUCCGUGCUCGGGCUGGCAAACGCGAGCUAGCGUGGGUGAUGCGGGCCAGCAUCGUUGUUGCUGGUGUCAUAGCAACGGUUCUCGGCCUGUCCAUCACCUCCAUCUACGGGCUCUUUGUCUUUUGCUCCGAUUUUGUCUACGUUGUGCUGUUCCCUCAGCUGUUGUGCGUAAUACACUUCUCCAAGUGCAACACGUACGGCUCUUUGCUAGCCUACAUCGUGGCCUUGGUCCUGCGUUUUGGCGGGGGUGAUCAUGUCCUUGGCAUACCCGCCCUCAUCAAAUAUCCCUAUUAUGACGAGGAGGAGGAAGUUCAGCUUUUCCCCUACAAGACUCUGGCGAUGUUGUCGUCACUGGUAACCAUUCUGGUGGUAUCUUAUUCCCUGGAUUACUUGUUCAAGAAGGGCACCAUCCCCAAACGGUAUGAUUUCUUCCGUUGCGUCGUCAACCUUCCUCCUUCAAAGCUUGAUCAAGAAGAGCACAGCGACCAUGAGGCAGAUUUUGAGCUGCAGACGUGCGACCCGUCGGUUCCGUCGGAUCCGGAAGAUACAAAGACCGAAGAACAAGUACCGCUUAACGAGUAA